CAGCUUCCGUCCACGCCCCCCUUCCCCUCUCUUCACUCAUCGUCGUCUCCGUCGUUUCGCCUCGGGUGGCUCCGACGCCUCUCUCUCCGUCUUCUCCCGCUCUUCUGCAGCAGCUCAGAUCGAGGCUUCUGAUCCGGCUUCGUGGGAUUGUUGAAGUUCUUAUAGGUUGCUCUGUCUAGAGAAUCACAGCGAGGAUGUUUGGCGGAAAUAACCCUUUUGGGCAAUCAUCUAGCAGUCCUUUCGGGUCCCAAUCAGUCUUUGGGCAGGCAAGUAACCCUACCAAUCCUUUUGCCCCAAAACCUUUUGGUAGCCCAAACCCUUUUGGCACUCAAACGGGGAGCUCCAUGUUCGGUGGAACUUCAACUGGUGUUUUUGGUGCUACACAACCCUCUUCGCCUUUUUCUUCUACUCCCGCUUUUGGUGCAUCAUCAACUCCCGCUUUUGGAAGCUCUUCCUCAGCUUUUGGUGGAUCUUCUCUUUUUGGACAAAAGCCUGCUUUUGGUGGGUUUAGUUCGACCCCUCAAACAAGUCCUUUCGGAAGCACAAGUCAGCCAUCACAGCCAGCAUUUGGGAGCAAUGUUUUCGGUUCCUCCCCCACCUUUGGUGCAUCAAGUCAGUCAGCAUUUGGCGGUACUAGCACUCCUGCCUUUGGUUCUACCAGUACCCCUUCAUUUGGAGCUACAAGCACCCCUGCCUUUGGACAAGCAAGCACUCCUGCCUUUGGUGCUACAAGCACGCCUGCCUUUGGUUCAACUACCACUCCUUCAUUUGGUAGCACAGGGACUGCAUUUGGCUCAUCAACCGCCCCAGGGGGAGCUUUUGGGACUUCCAGUACACAACUUUUUGGAUCUCCGAGUGUCCCUGCAUUUGGCACAUCCAAUACUCCUGUAUUUGGUGCUUCAAGUACCUCUGCUUUUGGUGCUUCAAGUACCCCGGCUUUUGGUGCUUCCAGUACCCCAGCUUUUGGUGCUUCCAGUGCUCCAGCUUUUGGUGCCUCAAGUACUCCAGCUUUUGGGGCUUCUAGUAGUCCAUCCUUCAGUUUUGGCUCUUCUCCUGCUUUUGGCCAAUCAACCUCUGCAUUUGGUGGCAGUCCAUUUGGAGCUACAUCAUCCCCUUUUGGAUCCCAGAUUGGAGCCCAGGCCACAACACCAACUUUUGGAACUGGUGGUUUUGGGCAGUCACCUUUCGGAGGUCAGCGUGGGGGCAGUAGAGUGGCUCCUUACACACCUACAACGGAGGCAGAAAGUGGCAGUGGGACUCAGGCAGCUGGUAAGCUAGAGUCUAUAUCAGCAAUGCCUGUAUAUAAGGAUAAGAGCCAUGAGGAGCUUAGAUGGGAGGAUUAUCAAGCGGGAGAUAAAGGUGGACCGAAUCCUGCUGGUCAGUCUGCUGGUGCUAUUGGCUUCGGUGCACCUUCUUCGACUCCUUCACUAGCAUUUGGUCAAUCUUCUCCUUUUGCUUCCAACACAACAUCCAAUCCUUUUGCUUCUAAACCCUUUGGCGGUACUGGGUUUGGAUCCUCUGCUACACCUAGCAUUUCACCUUUUGCUUCUUCAACUGCGUCAGCCACACCUUCCUUGUUUGGAUCAAAUCCAACUCCUGGAUUUGGGGCCAGUUCAUCUUCAUCCACUUUUUCUACAUCAGGCCCUUCUGCAUUCGGUUCAUCAACAUCAAUUUUUAGUUCUCCAACUAUGGGGAGCACUCAAUUUGGCUCUGGUUUUACCUCUCAGUCCACCCCAUUAUUUUCAUCUACUACGCCAUCCUUUGGCCAGACUGGCUCUGCCUUUGGACAGAGCACUUCUACUUUUGGACAGACCGCGUCUCUCUUUGGACAGACUACAUCUCCAUUUGGUCAGACGACUACUCCUUCCUUAGGUCAAACAAACAUGUUCAGCCCACCUACUAGUGGGUUUGGGGGAAGUUUAUUCCCAAGCACUUCUUCACAGCUUCCUUCUACAGCUCCAGCUGGAUUUCAAAUAAAUCCCUCCUUUUCGACCCCCUUUCAAUCAUCUCAACCUGCCCAAACAACCAGUCCUUUUGGCUUUGGCAACUUGGGUCAGACACAAACAGCUGGUACCAGUGUUUUUGGUACCCAAAAUAUGUUUGGCCAGAGCAACCUCGGAAAUCCGUCGGCCAACCUGACCCCUGCGGUCAUGCAACCAGUUCCUGCCACUAAUCCAUUCGGAACCCUUCCUGCGAUGCCUCAAGUAUCAAUUGGCCGAACUGGGACUAGUUCUUCUAUUCAAUACGGAAUUUCCAGCAUGCCUGUGGUGGAAAAACCUGCUCCUGUUCGUAUAUCCUCUUUAUUGACAUCCCGGCAUUUGUCGCAGAGGCGGAUUAGGUUGCCUGUAAGAAAAUACCACCCUAAGAGUGAUGCGCCAAAGGUUCCCUUUUUUAGUGAGGAUGAAGAAACACCUAGCACGCCAAAGGCUGACGCCCUUUUCAUUCCUCGGGAAAAUCCGAGGGCUCUGGUUAUCCGUCCAUCUGAGCAAUGGCCUUCGAGAACUAGCACAGAAAAACCAUCUCCAUUGAAGGACACAUCUGGACCCAGGCAGGAAAAUGCAACAGGAGGUCCAGAUGAAAACGGUCGUGUGAAGGAUCAAACCGAUCAUGUUAGAGGCAGCCACAAAUCAAAUGGAGUCCAUGAUGAUCACUCCGUUCAGAAAGGUGAUUCCUCAAUGACGCUCAAUGGACACAGGGCUGGUGAGGCUGCAAUAGUGUAUGAGCAUGGUGCAGACAUUGAGGCGCUAAUGCCCAAGCUUCGUCACUCCGAUUACUACACUGAGCCUCGAAUCCAAGAGCUGGCUGCCAAGGAAAGGGCUGAGCCAGGGUUCUGCCGCCGUGUCAAGGACUUCAUCGUGGGGCGGCAUGGUUAUGGAAGUAUCAAGUUCAUUGGUGAGACUGAUGUUCGACGACUUGAUCUUGAAGCCCUUGUCCAGUUUAACAACCGAGAGGUGAUUGUUUACUUGGACGACAACAAGAAACCUCCUAUUGGACAAGGUCUCAAUAAGCCAGCUGAAGUUACACUUCUCAACAUCAAAUGUUCCGACAAGAAGACUGGACAACAGUGGACAGAAGGGCCUAAAGUUGAGAAGUACAAGGAGAUGCUCAAGAAGAAGGCUGAGGAUCAAGGUGCUGAGUUUGUGUCGUAUGACCCUGUCAAAGGAGUGUGGAAGUUUAAGGUCAACCACUUCAGUAAGUACAAGCUUGAAGAUGAAGUUGGUGAUUGGAAUGUAUCUGCUGCAUCUGAGUCCUGAUUGAAGAAGGAUGGAUGGUUGAGAUAUUGUAAUUUUAGAUAUUGUGGAAGCAGUUUUGGGUUUUGUAUAGCACCAGCAUGAUGUUUUGAAGGGUGUUUCGUUGGGCUUUGUAGUCUGCAUUUUGCUUGUUUUCUGCUGGGAUCUGAUAUCUCUCCCAAUCCCCUGUAAUCUUCUGUUUCUUUCUUUAUGACUUGAAACUGUAUUCUGGGCUGGUGGCAUAAAGAUUUGUGGGAAAAGGUGUAUUUACGAAA